GGCAGGCAAGAAAGAGCACCGCCCUGUAGAACAUUUGACUGACGACAAUCCGUCUAUGGCGCCUCCUUCGAUUUCAGCUUUUCACGGGGAUUAACAGUGCAUCCGCCAUUCACGCCCCUCUCUCUCUCUCAUUCAUUCCCAGGAUCACCACAGGACCAUUUCCCCUUUCCCCACAACUUCCUCCAGCAAACCCUUCCCUUCUCUCUCUCGAUCUCUUCCUCAAAUGUUCAUUUUCUUGCUGUUUCUCCAUCUGGAAUCUGUUUGACAAAAUUCCCCAGAGAAAGAUUUCUCUCGCUUUCCCAAAAUUUGGCGUUCUUGGAAUAAAGUUCGAUUCUUUCCAUGAAAUCCUUGCGUCUCCGUGUGUGAGAUUCUUGAUUUGCCUCUUUUUUUCUUCUUUCUUUCUUCUGUUGAUGUCAUUGGGUGGUGGGGUGGCUUCGGGCUCGGAGGCCAUGGGGUUUGAUGAGAAGAAGGGGGAGGAGGAAGAGGAGAUCACGCCGGGUUCCGAGGCUAACAAGGUUGCAGAUUCGGAUGCCGAGACGGACAGUGAAGCACCAGUUGCAGGGCGGCAUAUGAGCCAGAGUUCCCUUUACACCACUGAGGAUGAGGAGGAAGAUGACCCUGCAAAUAAGAUUCAGUUGGGUCCUCAGGUCACUCUCAAAGAACAAUAUGAGAAGGACAAGGAUGAUGAGAGCUUGAGAAGGUGGAAGGAACAACUUCUUGGUAGUGUGGACAUCAAUGCUGUUGGAGAAUCACUGGAUGCAGAAGUGAAGAUACUGAGCCUUACGAUCCAAUCUCCAGGCAGAGAAGAUAUUGUCCUCCCAAUCCCAGAGGGUGGUAAUCCUCGUAGCCCAUGGUUCACAUUGAAAGAAGGAAGCCGCUACCGCCUCAAAUUUGCAUUCCAGGUCACCAACAACAUAGUUUCUGGUCUGAAAUACACAAACACAGUCUGGAAAACUGGCAUCAGAGUGGAUGGAUCGAAGGAAAUGAUUGGGACGUUUAGUCCCCAAAUAGAGCAUUAUACUCAUGAAAUGCCUGAAGAGACUACUCCUUCUGGCAUGUUGGCAAGGGGGUCUUACUCUGCAAGGACCAAGUUCCUGGAUGAUGACAAUAAGUGCCACCUGGAGAUCAACUAUACAUUUGAGAUCAAGAAAGAGUGGCCGGCAACAUAGUUUGAUGAUGAAUGCUUUUUCUGUCUAUCUUGUGGAAGUUAGGAUUGUUGCCUGAGACUUCUCUUUCUUUUCUUGCUCAGUUGGUAGUUGAAUUAUGUCUGUCUUUUCCACUGGUUUUUCUUGUUAGGGGUUGCAGAACUUGAUGGCAAGUUAUGUCCUUGGUUGUUUUGUUCAAUAAAGACAGUUUUGGACA